ACUCCACCUCUACAUCGAUACUAUAACAUGAAUCAGAUAUUGUAAGUUACUGAACAGAGCUUGCUGUCAACAGUCCAGAUGGCAAGGCUGUGGCAUCUCAUGCUCCUGAGCUGGGCAUGGAGUCCUCUCUGUCUGUCAGCCAGUGUGGGCUUCAUUGGUUCACCGCAAGAGUGUGAAAAGGCUCACUUUGUCCCAGGUUACAACCUGGGUGGAGAAGGCUUCGACAUCGUCACAAUGCAGCGGAAAGGUGCCUAUGUCAUCAACAUGGAAACAUGGAAGCUCGGCAACGACACUUGCAGGAUGUUCAGCAACAACUACAUGAACGGAGUUAGUCAGAAAGUCCCAGCUGCUGUGGUGGACUGGAGACCCCUCCAAAAGUGCAGUUUAAAGGUCUCCAGUAUGGUCUACAAUUCUGUUGAAACUCUUGUCAAUGACUCCACCUCAGCUGUGUCCAACAAUUGGAAAAUUGGCCUCGAAAUCCCUGUAGACCCGUCUGUUACUCUUGGUGUUGGCUUUGGAGGUUCCCACUCCAAAGAAUCUCACUUUGCCAUGCAAAAAUCCAAACAAGACCGCUACACCUUCUUUCGCCAUUCUGUCGACUGCAGCUUCUAUCGCUACAGAUUGGCAACAAAUCCUCCGCUGAGUCGUGACUUUCAAUCAGCCAUGACCUCCCUUCCAGCCUAUUCAUAUAAAACGUCGUCAUUAUAUCGCAGACUGAUUGACACAUAUGGUACACAUUACAUAACACAAGUGUCUCUAGGUGGGCAAAUAAAAGCAAUCACUUCUGUCAAGACCUGUGAGGCAACCAUGAGUGGACUGUCGGCAACAGAAGUCAGUGACUGUUUGUCAGUCGAGGCUUCUGCUAGCUUUGCAAGCACUGCGAGCAUUAGGGCAGAGAACCAACACUGUCAGGCAAAGAAGAAGAAGUUAGGCUCCAGCCAAAGUUUCAGCACCAUGUAUAAUGAGCGCAGCACAGACGUCAUUGGUGGAAACAUUGACGGUGCUGACAUCCUCUUUCAAAGCCAAUCAAACCACUAUGUCUAUAACAACUGGCUUAACUCACUGAAGUCCACACCUGAUGUGGUCGAAUACAGCAUAAACCCCCUGCACACCAUACUGCCAAGCAGUCAUCCUGCCAGAGCCGGACUGAAGCAAGAAGUGGAGAAGUACAUCAGGCAAAACGCAGUGUUAAAAAAAUGUUCAGAAUCCUGUCAGGUUGGUCACAGAUCCAGCACAAGGGAUCCUUGUGCUUGUGUUUGCAACAGUAAUCAGAAUAUCAAGUCAAACUGCUGUCCUGCUGGGAAAGGUCUUGCAACAUUAAAGGUUUUCAAGCUCUAUGCAGAAGGGUUGUAUGGUGAUAGGUGGACUAAGACAGAUGGUUCAGUGGAGGUGAUCUAUGGAUAUCAGAAGAAACGCACUCUCAUCAUUAGUAACAAUGACAAUCCUAGAUGGUCGGAGACUUUUGAGUUUGGACCCAUCGUCAUUAACAUGCAAAACAAGCUUAUGUUCACUGUUUAUGACGAGGACACUUAUUGGAAUAGUGAUCUGUUAGGCAAAUGCUCAUUUUCUCUGCGUAGGGGGACAGUAAGUAACUCUUGCAUGUUCAAGCAUGGCACCCUCUUCUUCUCGUACACAGUCGAGUGUGCACCAAGUCUCGGUGGUGACCAAUGUCAAGAAUACAUACCAUCCCCCAUGAGUCCCUCUCUGGCCAAGGUCUUCCACACCAGAAACGGGGUCCUUCUUGGGACGGGGGAGGGGUAUGCUAAACCAGUCGGACAGUCAGGUUGAGGUCAGCAGUUGACAUUAAGAGUGACGAGAGUACCACUAUUUGAUUUUAUGAUGAUCUUGAAUAUAGUUAAUAGCAUAUUUCACUCUGUUACUCUCUUUGUUUGAUUUGUGUUUACUAAACACAAAGUGUAAUCCAAAAAUGUCUGUGAAAAAUUGUGUUUUAUAAUCCACCUUUUCUUCUGCUUCUUUCUUGUUAGUUACAAAUUCUGCCAAUAAAGCAUCCGCAAAGACAA